GUGAUUGGUUGGAUCUGUUGGAUCUAACGGCACGCGUAAACGAUUCACUUUGACGAGUUUCGGUAUAGAUUUGUGCCAAUUAGUUAACGCUGAAAAUACACAGUCUAUUUCGUUGCAAAACGGAGCUUGCAGUCGACGUGUUCUAUAAUGAACAAUUGAAUACGCAAAACGAAUCGAGAGUGUCCGAUAAUCGUGUUUUCGGAACAUAACCUCUUUUAGCAAGUUGUAAUGCGCCGCAACGUAUUUUGAAAUCGUCCCGAAUUUCAGCCAAAUUCACAGAGGCCAAAGUAUGACGUCCCACGGUAAAGCAGAGACUGAAAGAUUGCGCAAAAACCUCGAGGAACAGUUGGAUAGACUUGUGCAACAGUUGGAAGAUUUGGAAGAGUGCCGGAGCGAGCUGGACGAAGCAGACUACAAUGAAACUAAAGCUGAAACAAUGGAACAGCUUAAAGAUUUUAACGAAAGUCUACAACGUAUGAUAUCUGGAGACAUGACGCUUGUAAAUGACCUAGGAGCGAUGCAGUUGGCAACUCAAGCUGCGAUCAGCGCUGCCUUUCAAACCCCUGCGGUUAUCAGAAUGUUUGGUAAACGUGAACCGGCGCAGCUAAGGGAACGUUUGUAUCAAGUUGAACGUGACGCUAAGCUUGGAAAGCUAAGCAAAGAAGCAAGCGAUAGACAGCGCGGGGAAAUACUCAGCGCUUUGAGACAAUUGGGGGAAAAACUGAAUCAAUCUGAAUUACAGCUGGUUGAGAAAUUAUCCCCAGAAUCAGCAGCGCAUUAUAAUUUUGUUCAGAUAGAUGAAAAAAGUCCCAAAGGAAAGAUCGCCGUCGCCCUUGCUGGAGAAGAAGUCAGAGCUAAUGAAAGUACUUGGAAACAUGCUGUCGAUUGAGACUCACAUCUAACAAACAUCGGUUGUGAUUUUGGAAAUUUUGAAUGUUGUAAAAACACUAUGAGAUUAUUGCAACCAAGUUUCACUUUUACAAUCAAAUUAUU